GGGCCUGGGCUGGCCUGGCUCCCUCGGGCGGGCGGUGCGGCUGGCGACCGGCUCAGCCUCCCUCCCCUCCCCUCCCCUCUCGUCUCCUCCCCCUCUCCUUCCCAGGUCGUCCGCCGGCGGCGGCAGCAGCAGCAGCAGGCAGAGCAGCAGGAGCAGCGAGGCCGCCGCCGCCGCCGCCGUCACCGCCAUGGAGCCCGGCGCCGGGAGCCGCUGAUGGAGCCGCGGCCAUGGCGCGCGCCGGAGCAGCAGCCGCAGCCGCAGGGACCGGGCCGGGGGCCGCGGCGGGCGGGGGCGGCGCGGCGGGGGCCGCGGCGGAGGAGCUGUCCCUGGAGGAGGUGCUGAAGGCCUACGAGCAGCCCGUCAACGAGGAGCAGGCGUGGGCCGUCUGCUUCCAAUGCUGCCGCGGGCUGCUCCAGCCCGACCCGCCGGGCGCCGAGGAAGGGCGGCGCCGCCGCAGGGGACCGGCCGGACGCCUCCGCGACACCGCCGAUCUCCGCCUGCACAAGGACGGCGCCGUCUCCGCCCGCGGCGAGUUCGGCCAGGCCGAGCUUCCACUGACCUUGGCACCUGCAGCAGAAGCACAGAUGGUGCAGUCCCUGGGCUUUGUCAUCUACCGAGCGCUCGACUGGGGCCUGGAGGAGAACGAAGAACGUGAGCUGAGCCCCGAAUUGGAGCGGCUGAUCGACCUGAUGACCAAUGGGGACUCCGAGGACAGCGGCAAUGGCAGCAGCACCGCAGACGAAGGCUACAGUGGGCAGGAGGAAGAGGAGGAGGCAGUGGCCAAGGGGACCCUGAGCGCAGUCCGCAUGUUCAGCCAAGUGAUGCAGCUCUGCGCUGCCCGCCUCUCCCAGCCACAGGAGGCCCACGCUCACUACCAGGCGGUGUGCCGGGCCCUGUUCCUCGAGACGGUGGAGCUGAAGGCCUUUCUGGCCAAGAUCCGGGAUGCCAAGGAAAUGCUGGUGAAACUGAAGGAUGAGGAGCUGAGGGACCAAUCGGCAGCAGAGCUGGACAACCUGAGGAACACGGACUGGGCUCGGCUCUGGGUCCAGCUCAUGCGAGAACUACGGAACGGCGUGAAGCUCAAGAAGGUCCAGCAGAAACAAUUUGACCCCUUGCCUACAGAGUAUCAGCUGACACCUUUUGAGAUGCUGAUGCAGGACAUCCGAGCCCGCAACUAUAAGCUCCGCAAGGUCAUGGUGGACGGAGACAUUCCGCCCAGGGUGAAGAAGGACGCCCAUGAACUCAUUUUGGAUUUCAUACGAUCCCGUCCGCCUCUGAGACAGGCUUCAGAGCGCAGGCUGCGCCCCCUGCCUCAGCAGCAGAGGACCCUCCAUGAGAAGAUCUUGGAGGAGAUCAAGCAGGAACGGAAGCUCCGGCCGGUGGAAUUGCAGCACCAGGACCAGAGAGGGUUUGGUUCCUUGCCCUGCUUGGUGAAUGCCUGCUCCAGCAACAUGAAAUCGACCUCUUGCAUCAACCUCUCCGUUUCAGAAUCCGGUGCCCCACCUCAGCGCCAGAGGCCGAGGGUCCUGCUGAAGGCACCCACGCUGGCAGAGAUGGAGGAGAUGUUUGUUUCGGAAGAAGAAGACUCUCCCUGCUCAGAGGCGGUUCAGGAGCCGGGCCCCCUGAUGCCCCUGAAGCGGGACCGCUCUUUCUCCGAGCAAGACUUGGCCCAUUUUCGGGAUGAAAGUGAGAGCAGUGAGCCUCACCUGGAGUACUUAAGGCCCAGCCUGUCAGACUCGAGGCCUCGCUCAGGUACCAUGUCCUCUGCGUGGGCCAGCAUGGAAAACAUGGGUUCGGUUCCGGCUCGCUACCACCCUCGGGUCAGUUCGUGUCCUCGUAAACAAGACAUCCUCGGUUCUGUGGAGGAGAAUUUGGAGGCCAGCUCUGUUCCAGUCACAGACGCGAGUUUGAAAUAUUUGUGGCUGCAGGAGUUCAGCCACCCCGUGGAAAGCCUGGCGCUGACGGUGGAGGAAAUGAUCAACGUGCGCCGGGUGCUGGUGAAGGCAGAGAUGGAGAAGUUUCUUCAGAGCAAGGAGCUCUACACCAGCCUGAAGAAAGGGAAGAGCUGCUGCUGCUGCCGAACCAAGUUUACGCUCUUCUCCUGGCCCCCGACCUGCCUCUUCUGCAAGAGGUCUGUCUGCAGUUCCUGCAGCCUGAAGAUCAAGAUGCCCUCGAAGAAGCUUGCCCACAUCCCAGUCUACGCCCUGGGCUUCGAGACGCUGCAUGGCUCUCUGGGAGCCAAGGGCCCCCCAGCCCGCCGGCAGGAGACAUUCCAGUCCCUGCAGGGCACCCGUUGGCGCAGCGUGGAGGAAGAGUUCCCCUGCAUCUAUGCCCAUGGGUCAGUGCUCAAGGACGUUUGCCGUGACUGCUCUGGCUUCGUCACGGACGUCGUCAGCUCCAGCCGCAAAAGCAUGGACAUUCUCAACACCAAGCCGGGCAGGAGCCGCAAAACCCAGUCCCUGUACAUCUCAUCCAGCUAGAGGCUGCCCCCCCCCCAAUCUCUCCAGCUCCAGCAUUCAACCUUCAAAGGCCAGGCAGCCACAAAACUCUGGCAGAGGAAACACAGCUUUGGUGUCUGCUGGCUCCCAUUUUCCUUAUCCAGCCCACCCCAUCUCCCAGGGACGUCUGCCUGCUGCUUAUGUACAUAUACAUACAAACACACAAACACACAUAUCUAUAUAUAUAUACACCCCCCCACACCCCCUUAUAGAUACUCUAUAUUUAUACAGCAGAUAAGUUGCUUUAGCUGACCAGCAUGUCAACCCCCUUCAUUGGCAAACGAGAACUUUGCUGAAACCACCCCAGCCUGGAGGUCAGCCAGAGGGAGCCUGGGCACCAGGGGUCCAGCUGCGCUGGCGGGCAGGAAGGCGGCCUGCCAGGCAGAGGCCAGCUUCUUUCCCCACAGGGCCUCCUCUGGAGAAGCUCUGUGCCCCUCGCUGAUGUCUCCGAAGGAAACGUCCUUCCGGCCUUGGGCUUUCUUAAGAAAAGCGGGCUCUUUCACAGCCACGUGCCUCUGCUGCUGAACGCACCUUCCGGAGCUGCUGGCUGCUCCUGGUCAUUUCUGUGGCUCUUGCUUGUCAUCUUUCUCUCGAUCAAGGAACGAGGCGGGUCUCCCACCCAGACUAUGAAAAAGGGUGACAUUUUCCUCUCAUUUUCCCUCUACAGAUUCAGGAAUGUGUCUUAUUUGUACAGCCAAUAAUAAAAUACCUAAUUUUGUAAGAAUUUAGAGAUAAAAAAAACUGUUCCCAGCUCCUGAGAGCCAUUUGCAUAGUGAGGACAGCCGACUGCAUGGAGGGUGCCAGGAUCUUUAUGGAGGUGGAGGAGGCUUGGACUGUCCAUGUCUGUAGAGGAAGAAAUCUUGGUUCCUGCGUAAACGGGGCCAUAUUUACACAUUGCACUAAGCUGUGUAAACUGGGUAAGCUGCAAACUAAACUGGCUACUUGGGUAGCAACUUAGCAUGUAGUGGCUAUUUUACAGUUUAUUUAACCACCCAAUUUGCGGGUGUCCUGCAUGAGCUGGCCGAGGCUGGUUUCUGCUCUCUUUCCACUGAUUUGAAAUGAAGAGUAGAAGCCUGGAAGGGACUGAGGCCAGUUCCAGCUGGAGCCACCACCUCUGCCAGACCAAAUCCCAGCAUUUUGGGUAAAGCUGGCCCCAUGCCAGGGAGUGAAGUGGGGGUUCUGCAGCUGCUGGAGAAUGAGUAGCCAGACUUGGGGCAGCUGCAGGCUGGCCUGGUUAAUCUGAUUUAGUGGCUCUUUCUGGGAACCUGCCAUCCCCGGGAAGUCUGCCAGAAGAAUUUAAAAAUUGGGUAAUGAUCCCAAAUGCUGAGCUGGUGGGGGGGGAGGCAUAAUCAACCUGAAGGGGGAAAGAUCUCCCCCCACCCCCUUCCUCUAGGUUUUCAUUCCACCUUCCUCUUAAUUCCUCUCUCCUGGCCUCACUGGCUGCCCACUUUAUCCAACCCUGCCUUCAGUAUUUAUGGAACCUCCAUCCUAUUUGUGCUUCCCAGCUGCACAAGAAUAAGAUCAGAGCCCUGCUCUUCCUUCUGAGCUUUAUGUAAUUCUGAUAGAGCUUUUUGGACCGGGAACUCCGCUGAGUUUGCAAGGUGGGCCUUUGGUGCAGGAAAGCCUAUGCCACAGGCCCUCAGCCUUUUAUGGUCUUGGAACACAACGAAGAAUGCCUCAAUGUCACUCUGCUGAUCUUCUCCUUCAUGCUCAGGCCUUAGGCUGGUCUGCUGUGCUCUUUUUUCCUCAAAUGAAAGGGACUCGCCAGUGCCCUUUGGGUUUUGUCAAGAGCCUCCAAACCUGUUUCUGCAUGCCGCCAUCCCCUCCCUUGCUCCCCUGUAGCCUGUUUUGGAAGAAGCCUCCAUCUUGUGCCAGUUUUGUGCCUAGCAUCACAGGGCUCAACUGAGUUGAGAGCCACUCUGGCAUUGUUAAGGUGCUGACCUAGAAUCAGGGAUCCGAGUUCUUCAUGCCUUAGUCAUGAAAGUCAGCUGAGUGACUGUGAGCCAGUCACUCAGCCCAACCCACCUCACAGGGUUGUGAGGAAAAGGGGAGGUAGGAGUAUUAAGUUAUGUUUGCUGCCUCGCGUUAUAUAUAAAAAAGGGGGCCUAGAAAUCUAAUAAUUCAACAUGCCCAGUUUUGCAAAGUACACAUGCCCAUAGCUAACAUGGCAUGGGGGUACUUCAUGCCAGAAAUGCACACCUGUGUGCAGGUGGAUGCACAAAUAACUUGCAUAUAAACUGAUCAGUGGCUGUGUGCAGUGUACAUGGACAGUCCAUAAUCAAGAAGUUGCCUAGAACUAAGAACGUGGUCAGAAAGCAAAGCUCAAAUGUGGAAGGGAGGUUUAGGGAGAUGUUUGUAGAAGUUUGUAGAGGAAGGUUUCAAGAACAGAAGAGGAAGGUCAGCUGGUGUUCUAGGGGUCCCCCUCCUCCUGUCCUCUGUGCCAAUCUGCUUGCUUGACAUUUGACCUGACCUUUAUGUGCUCCAUUGAUCCGCUCACUCUUCUUUGCAGUAACUACUGUGCUGUGACAAAGUGGGCUUCCUGUCCCCUUAUCAGUCCUGCGUGCGCUUGUCCUCCUCUGCCAAUGUUUUAUAUAAAGCGUGUACUUUAAAGAACUGUAAAUAAAAUUUAAAGUGAAACAGA